UCAGUUGAGCUGAAUGUUGCCACACUAGACAGUUGUCUAUACAUUAGACAGUUGUCUAGACACUAGACAGUGAAUAUGGUGAGACAGGUGGGAUUGUUGCCGGCCGGUUGUCAGCCGUGGAACAAUGAUGUGGUGGCAACCAGUGGGGACCGCUUUGUAUACUGCGCCACUCUGGCUAUGUACAUCUAUCAGCUGGAUAGAAAAUUUAAUGAAUUUCGCUUAAUCUCCAUCAUGUCUGAGCACACAAAGACCAUCAACUGUGUCAAAUUUCAUCCAACAAAUCCAGAUUUGAUUGUUACAACUGGCAUGGAUAAACAGGUCAUUGUCUGGAAUAUUGCAAAACAGCAAGUGACAGCAAAAAUGUCUGUGACCACUAGAGAUGCACCAAAAGCUGUUGGAUGGACGAAUCUGAAGUUCAGCGAUGUUGUGUGUUUUAUUCAGGGAACGGGACCGUUCUAUGUGUGGGACUAUCAAAAUGAACAAAAACUCCAGACAUUCAAGGAGGCAUCUGGAUUCAGUUCUCAUGUUUGUCAGUUUAGGUGGCAUCCCAAAAAUUCCAGUAGAAUUGCUUUUGGUCAUAUGGAUGGGAGUAUAUCAGUUUGCAAUAUAGGAGGUAAAAGUCAGAAGGGAAUAUGUCGGCCCGAGAGUGUUGAGGAGGAAGAGGAUGACCCAGUUACUGCCCUUGAGUGGGACCCCCUGUCAGCGGAUUAUCUAAUCAUGACAAACACGUAUAAUCCUGUGAGGCUGAUAGACACUGUGUCAGGGACUAUCAUUACAGAGUUCAAAAUGCCCAGUGUAGCAGCAAAUGUCCACACCCUGGCCUGGAUUUCUGGGGCUCCUGGGAUGUUUGUAACAGGGGAUGUCAAAAGUGGAAUUCUGAGAAUCUGGAAUGUGUCAAAAUCAACACCUGUGGAAAAUAUUAGAAUUAAGAAGACAGGGAUUCAUGCCUUUCAGACCAUAAGUGUUGAGCAUCGAACAAAGAAAAAAGAAGUAAAGGAUGGUCAGUUAUCAUCCAAUAGCCCAGCUCUAGCUCCUGCUAUCACUACAAGCUCCCAGUUUGCUCUCCCUCCAGCCAAAAUUGUGUGUACAUUCCUAGAUGGGGGUGUAGGACUGUAUGAUUUAGGUGGAAGAAAGUGGGAUUUCCUCAGGGAACAGGGACACAUAGAGACAAUAUUUGACUGCAAAUUCUGCCCAUACGACAGAGAUAUACUGGCUACUGGUAGUUUCGAUGGAACAAUCAAACUUUGGGACGUAAAUUCCUUAAAUCCAGUAGACAGCUCUCCGGGAAAUGAGGGUGUGGUUUACUCCCUGUCUUGGGCCCCAGGGGAUUUGAACUGUAUUGUGGCCAGUACCUCUAAACAUGGCAUGUUCAUCUGGGACAUUGGCAAGGGAAGGAUCAUACAAAGGUUUCAAGAUGCAAAUAAAACAGCCAUAUUUUGUGUUGCCUGGAACCAAAAAGAUUCCAAGCGCAUAAUGUCAGCAGGAGCAGAUGGAUAUUGUAUUGUCAGACAAGUGAAUGGGGAUAUCAUUCAGAAGUACAAACACCCAGCGGCUGUGUAUGGUUGUGACUGGAGCCCAGACAAUAAAGAUAUGUUGGCCACUGGAUGUGAGGAUAAACUAGUUAGAAUUUACUAUUUAGCCACUGUCACUGAUCAGCCAUUAAAGAUUUUCUCAGGUCAUACUGCUAAAGUGUUCCACAUUAAAUGGUCUCCAUUAAAAGAAGGCAUGCUGGCUAGUGGCUCCGAUGACUGUACAAUCCAUGUAUGGGAUUACUCCCAGGAAUCCUGCUUCCAAGUUUUGCGAGGGCACGAGGGGCCCGUUAGAGGGAUCAUGUGGAACUGGGAGAUCCCUUACCUUCUGAUGUCAGGGAGCUGGGAUUACAAAAUCAGGAUCUGGGACAUCAGGGAUGGUGCUUGUGUGGAAACCCUGUUAGACCAUGGUGCUGAUGUCUAUGGAUUAACAAGUCACCCUGAGAGACCGUUUCUGAUGGCUUCCUCCUCCAGAGAUUCCACUGUCAGGCUGUGGUCACUCAACUCUCUAGUCCAGCCCAUAGAACUCAGCAUUCUGGCCGGGAAACCCUGGACAAGUGUUCUAGGAACCACUGAUUCUGCAAUGGCAAUUGGAAAUCCUCCUCUGUUAUGUGGAAAAGGCAGUAGAGAUAUAAAAGCUGAGAUGGAAGCAGGUCUUCCUUGUAAUAACAGAGAGAAACUGUGAAAACAAAACAUUUAUUUCUUUUAGCCACCGACAGGGGCAGAUAACCUGUGGGAGCUGGUCUCUGUGGUGAAGGGGUUAGAUGAUUCCCUGUUGUCUCAGAGAUACAAGAAAGGCAUCAUGCAUGUCAAGCAUCUGACAAAAUUCAAAGCAUCAGAAGCUCAAGAGCAAGAAAUGGUGAAAAUGUCAUCAUUUCGUGGUGGUGUUGGAAGUAUUUCAAAAGAAGGAAAACUCCGAGAGGCUGCUAAAAUUCACAUCCGACUGGGAAAUCUACAAAGAUAUUGUGAACUUAUGGUGGAGUUGGGAGAAUGGGAGAGGGCUAUUGCAGUUUCCCCAGGAGUUUCCAUAGAAUAUUGGAGAUCUCUUACAAAAAGGUAUACCCAAUUUUUAUCCAAAGAAGACGAUGAGAACAUAAUCCCCUUUUGUACAGCUAUUGGAGACCCAGAGACCCUUGUUGAAUUCUCUAGUUCUCGGGGUCAGCUCUCUGACGCUGUGUUAACAGCUCAAGUCGCCUGCGAGGGGACGUUUGAUAUAGCGUCCCAGACAGAUCAUCCUUCCAAGGGAUUGUGCAAUGGUGUAGAACCAAAUAAAUCUUACCAAAAAUUAUUGACAGAUGCUGUUCAGAAGCUGGCUGAUUGGUAUUUUUAUAGAGGAUCCCCGGUAUUAGCUGCCUGUUGUCAUCUCAGUGUGGACGAUUGUCAGCAAGCAGUUCAGCGUUUGAUCCAGGGCCAUGAACUGGAGUUAGCAGCAUCAGUGGGUGUGGUUCUGGGUAAUGUGCCAAAACAGACUUACCAAGCCCUGGAGUAUUUGUCUCGAAGAUGUGAACACAUAGGAAAAUGGGAGUUGGCUAUAGACCUACUGAAGCUGAUUCCUGACAACAGGGACCUGAUGAUCAAGUGUUGUGCCAAGUGCGCCGCUAGUUCUGAUGAAAUUAACUACCUCCAUUCAAAGGCAGAUCUUCCACCCCUGGAUAAAUGUUUACAUGAAGCAGAAACUCUGAAGAAUCAGAUAAAGCCAGUAGACUGUAUCAGGUUCUAUGUUGUGUCAUCCACUCCAGAAACGGGGCUGGAUAUAGGACUAGAGUAUAUCAAAGCUUCCAUGAGUAAGGGAAGGUGGUCAGUGGAUGACAUCUACCCUAUCUUACAGUUCCUGGCCUCCAUCAGGGCAGACAAACUACAGCAACAAAAGCUAGACAAGCAAAGAAUGGAGCUGCUCUGCCUCACUGCUUAUGUUGGUGCCUUAAUGGCCAUCAGAUUUGGCUAUGAUGAAAUAGUACAGCCAUUGUUAAAACAUGCCAGGGAUAUCAUUAGCAAAGCUGGCUUGUGUCUACCAAUAACAGAGGAAGUCAUAGAUAAGGAAAUGGUGGCUUGGAAUACUAUAUGCAUGGCUAAAAUUAAUAGUUAUCCAGACCCCAUAGAGCUAUCAAGAGUCAUGGCUUCUCCAGAUGUCCUACAGCGAUACAAGGAGCUGGUACUGAAGUCAGGGGGAGAUAAUCACCCAGAUCGAGUAGGACAGGACUGUGCCUCCAGUUCACAUCUUCCUUCACAUUCAGAUGUCCAUGUGUCAUGUAUAUCACAGCAACGAGUACAGGGUUUGUCAUAUUUUCUAGAAGACGGUAAAUCUGCCAUUUCACCCAAUGAAGCACUUAUGUGGGCCAAAGUCAAUCCAUUUUCUCCAUUAGCAUCAGGACUCCGAAUUAAUCCUUUCUAAGAAAGAAACAAUCCUUAUGUCCAAAAUGCCUGCUCUGUUGCAAUAUUUAAACAGUUAAAUCAGUACCUCGUUUCUGCCUACUAGAUAAGUUGUGGAAAGUUAUUGAUAGCUUAAUUCUAUCAGUUUAAUACUGUGUUCAGAAUAGUUUUGCAGUAGAUGAUGCUAUUUUUUUUUUCAGUUACUUUUUUUUUUUUAUAUUGAUGGGAAAGUAGUUCUUUCUACAUUAUAUAACCUGUGAUAAUGGUAUAUUAUACGAGCUUUAUUUAGUUAUGUGAUUUAUUUAUUUAUUUGUCUAGAACAUUCAACGUCAAUAAUAUGUAUGCUUAUGUGUAUUAAGGUUCCUUAAAGUUGCAGUUCAUUAGCAAAGAUCUCAUUCACCCUUGUGAUGUAAUAAACAGGAUCUUAUCAGGGUACCACAUUAUUUUGUUAUAAUGUUGAUGCAUAAUAUAGUAUAUUUAGUGUCUGUUGUUCUGUGCACUGUAGAGUUUUUGUAUUUGAUUUUAUAAUUUGAUAAAAUGUUAAAGAAUUGUCAAUGGAAAUAUAAAUUCUGGUUGUUGCCAUUUUAUGAUGAAAUCCAAUUUCAUAUAAAGUGCAUAACUUCUUGAGAUUUUUUAUUAGUUUUUCAUAUACAUUUAAUCUGGAAAUGUUUAUGAUUCAGGUAUAAAUUUGUCUUCUUGUCGGUGAUGAUGUAAAAUAAAAUGACGGUGUGUAUUUCAAAAACUUAAUAAAUAUAAUAAAUAUAUUGGUAAGAAUGUAGUCAAUAUUCAUGUAAUAUGACGAGUUACCAGUAAUUUUUUUUUAAAGUAUGUUUUUAAAAGCUUUUGGAAAGUUAACACUUUUCAGCACAAUGUGUCAUUUGAUGUCUGCAUGCAUAUAUGCACCUGUAAGUGCCAUUUACAUUGUUCCUAGUUUUGAAGAAGAAUUAUUUUUGCCUGUUGAGCUUAGAAGAGUUGCACGGUAUUUACAUAGACAGUAUUUAUUAAUGUUGGUCCUGUAAUAAUUUGGACUACUGAUGAAAUGGUGUUCAUUGUUGAGAGAAUAUUUACAUAUUUUUUCCAAUGCAUUUUUUUUUCUGGCUGUCCAAAAAUUUUGUAGGCAAUGGCUUUUUGAUCUUAGAUAUACAAAUUGUAUAAAAUUCCAAGUUAGAGCAAAUGAAAAGGUAAAAAAAAAAUUAAAGGAAUUUGUCUUUUAAAAACAUUCAAAAAUGCAGUGAACUAUCUGAACGAACCAGCCUGCAUCAUAAAAAUUGGCUGUCCAUUUUGUGGAAAUCAUAUUUAGACAAUGUCUACGGGCACUGCAAAUAAAUUCAUUACUUUUCUGUAUUCAUUUUGAUAGCAUUUAAGCUAAUUUUCAUCGAAGUCUUUUGAAUGGCUCAAAUUUUUAUAUAUUUUCCCCAUUG